UACUGCUAAUUCUUGUGUUGGUUAACCUGAUAAAUAAUAGGAAGUACUUAACAUAUGUUGAAACUCAUUGUGAUUGAAUUUUGAGGAGAGUUUGCGUUGCGCAUCAGACCCUGAAGAUUAUAUAGUUAAUUUCGUCAUGACCCACACAAAUAUUGAGAUGGAGGUUGAUGAAAAACCUAAAGGUGAAGGUUUCCGACAAUACUACAUUACAAAAAUUGAAGAACUACAAUUAAUUGUUGCAGAGAAGAGUCAGAAUCUACGUCGCCUUCAAGCACAACGCAAUGAACUUAAUGCGAAGGUUCGAAUGCUUCGUGAAGAACUGCAGCUACUCCAAGAACAAGGUUCCUACGUUGGAGAAGUUGUGAAACCCAUGGACAAGAAGAAAGUUUUGGUUAAAGUUCAUCCAGAAGGAAAAUUUGUUGUAGACCUUGACAAGAACAUUGACAUUAAUGAUGUCACAGCUAAUUCACGUGUUGCACUCCGAAAUGAAAGUUAUACCCUUCAUAAAAUACUUCCAAAUAAGGUUGAUCCUCUGGUAUCUCUCAUGAUGGUAGAAAAAGUACCUGACAGUACAUAUGAAAUGGUUGGAGGUCUGGACAAGCAGAUCAAAGAGAUUAAGGAAGUGAUAGAGCUUCCUGUCAAACAUCCAGAAUUGUUUGAUGCUUUGGGUAUAGCUCAGCCAAAAGGAGUCCUUCUGUAUGGACCACCAGGAACAGGUAAAACCCUGCUUGCCCGAGCAGUGGCCCAUCACACUGAGUGUACAUUUAUUCGAGUCUCUGGGUCUGAAUUAGUGCAGAAAUUUAUUGGUGAAGGUUCAAGGAUGGUACGAGAACUGUUUGUUAUGGCCAGAGAACAUGCACCUUCUAUUAUCUUCAUGGAUGAAAUUGACUCCAUUGGAUCAUCUCGGAUUGAAUCGGGCAGUGGAGGAGAUUCUGAAGUACAGAGAACCAUGCUGGAAUUGUUGAACCAACUUGAUGGAUUUGAGGCUACAAAAAAUAUUAAGGUAAUUAUGGCUACCAACAGGAUUGACAUUUUGGAUCCUGCCUUACUUCGCCCAGGGCGCAUUGACCGCAAAAUCGAAUUCCCGCCUCCAAAUGAAGAAGCUCGAUUGGACAUUCUCAAGAUCCACUCUCGAAAAAUGAAUCUGACCCGAGGCAUUAACCUCCGCAAGAUUGCGGAACUUAUGCCAGGAGCAUCUGGUGCUGAAGUCAAGGGAGUAUGUACUGAAGCAGGGAUGUACGCCCUCCGAGAACGCCGGGUUCACGUGACUCAGGAGGAUUUUGAGAUGGCAGUUGCCAAGGUCAUGCAGAAAGACUCUGAGAAGAACAUGUCUAUUAAGAAGCUCUGGAAGUGAAUUCUAUAAAGAGACACUUCUGGUUAUCAGUUUGAGCUCAAAAUAGUGACAAAAAUUUAUAAAACAGAUCUUGAUGACUUUGAGAUAAUGAACAUUUUCCGAAACUAUGCGUAAUAACAAAUUUAUCAUUCUGACAGAAAUUAGUUACUUCUUAAAUAUGUACACAUGAAAAUGAACAAUUAAAUUAACAUUAAUAUACAUUAUAA